AUUACCCCCUCAAUAGCCCAAAAUCGCACUCAUUACUUUUCCUCGCCUCAUAUCACCAGAUCCUUGCUACGUUCCUGGUGGAGUUAAUUGUACACUCACCAUGCGCGACAUUUUUGGUAAAAGUUAAACGAUUAAUGUAAAUUUCCCCGUGUCCCAUUCUAUUAUCUGAAAAGGAAAUAGAGGAAGCAUAACCCGGAUAAACUUAAAUUUCAUGAUCGAGGAUAUAGGAUUGGGCCUGCACCAAAUAUUGCGAAACUGUGAACAUUAUUUUAAAAGUAACUUUAAACUCGUUGCUAUGCUAUACAGGUCAUCUUCACAGGAUCUGUAGCGUAAAAUAUUAAAUAUGCAUUAUACGGGAACUGCAUAUAGUUUGGUAACAUGCUGGCACAGAAGCCGACAAAUUGGCAAACAUAUGAUGGUACAUGGAGUUACCUAAUAAUUCAGCUACACAUGAAGUAUAUAUCUGUUUGUUGAAAUUGCCUUCACUGUUUGAUACAUGUAUAAAUACUUCUGCCGCUAUUGGUGACGUGUAGGCCUACAUUGCCAAUAACUGUAUAAAAUUUGUGAAAUAGCGUCACAAUUUGGUACACGCUGCUGUGAGUAGGACGCUGAGAAGUCGCAUCGUCAACCCUAACCUGAAAUAACCCAAAAGCAAAAAAAAACUGAAAACAAGAUGCCUCCAAAGGAAAAGGAUAAGACCCAUAUCAACGUUGUCGUUGUUGGGCACGUCGAUUCGGGGAAGUCUACCUCUACCGGACAUUUAAUCUAUAAAUGUGGCGGCAUCGACAAGCGAACCAUCGAAAAAUUCGAGAAGGAGGCUCAAGAGAUGGGCAAAGGUUCAUUCAAGUAUGCCUGGGUAUUGGACAAACUGAAGGCCGAGCGUGAACGUGGAAUCACCAUUGACAUCGCUUUGUGGAAGUUUGAGACAAAAAAGUAUUUGGUCACUGUCAUUGACGCACCUGGUCAUCGUGAUUUCAUCAAGAAUAUGAUUACGGGAACAUCACAGGCCGACUGUGCGAUAUUAAUAGUGGCUUCCAGCACUGGCGAGUUUGAAGCCGGCAUUUCCAAAAAUGGGCAGACACGAGAACACGCUCUGCUUUGCUAUACCCUUGGUGUAAAACAGAUGAUCCUCUGCGCCAAUAAAAUAGACAACACAGAACCUCCUUAUUCCGAGAAACGAUUCAAAGAAAUCGCAAAAGAAUGUAGCGCCUACGUCAAAAAGGUCGGCUACAAUCCAAAGUCAGUAGCAUAUAUCCCAAUAUCAGGAUUUCAUGGAGAUAACAUGAUCGAGGAGAGCCCGAAUAUGAAGUGGUUUAAAGGAUGGACGACCGAAACCCUGGAUAAAGAUAAAAAUACUAUCACUCGAUCUGGAAAGACUCUAUACGAGGCUAUUGACAACAUACAAGCCCCCGAGCGUCCAAAAUCUAAACCACUCCGCCUCCCUCUUCAAGAUGUUUAUAAGAUAGGUGGCAUUGGAACGGUACCAGUUGGUCGUGUCGAGACUGGAAUUUUGAAGCCUGGAAUGAUCGUGACUUUUGCUCCCGCUAAUAUCAGCACUGAGGUUAAAUCCGUCGAGAUGCAUCAUGAAGCUCUUGACGAGGCCCUCCCUGGCGAUAAUGUCGGGUUCAACGUUAAGAAUGUGUCUGUCAAAGAUAUAAAGAGAGGAAAUGUUGCAGGUGACUCCAAAAACGAUCCCCCUUUAGAAGCAAAAAAUUUCACUGCGCAGGUGAUUAUAUUGAACCACCCAGGAGAAAUCCACAAUGGAUACCAACCAGUGCUUGAUUGCCACACAGCACACAUCGCUUGUAAAUUCACCGAGAUUAAACAGAAGAUCGAUCGUCGAACGGGGAAGGUGCUUGAAGAAAACCCCAAAAUGGUUAAAAGCGGAGAUGCCUCCAUGAUUGUCUUGACUCCUAGCAAGCCAAUGGUCGUCGAGCCGUUCACUGAUUAUGCACCACUUGGUCGUUUCGCCGUGCGUGACAUGAGACAAACCGUCGCUGUUGGUGUCAUCAAGAGUGUUACAAAGGCUGAAGGGACAAAAGGGAAAGUCACAAAAUCCGCUCAGAAAGCUUCGGGCAAAAGUUGAUCAUUGACAUUCCCUCAUUGUGCUCCUGAUCCGGAGCAACAUCAGGCCCGUAGCCAGGGGUUGGGGUUGAUAGGUUCGAGCGACCCCCCCCCCCCACCUGGCCAAAAUUUCUUUCAAAAUCAUGCAGUUUUUUCACCAUUCUGAGCACUUUUUAAGUGAUUUUGGCCAUUUUGGACCAAAAUUGUCAAAAGUGAACCCCCC